AUGAAGAGCCUGGAUGAGGCUCCUGGGAGUAAGACAUUCAGCGAGAACAACAAUUGGGACCAAGAAAAUCAAUUGGCAGCAUCCCAUAAUAUGAGUUUGCUCCUUGGUGAUCCGUGGACACCAUGCCGACGGUCCCGCGCAACUGUCAAAGAGUGGCUGUUGAAGCUGAGGUGCUGUUUGGGAACAGUGUGUGGAAUGGAGUGGUAUUGCUACGCCGCUCUAGGAAUUUUGACUGCCAUCCUUAGCUUUCUAAUGGAUCUAAGUGUGACAAAGCUGCUGAGAGCUCACCAAUGGCUUUAUAUGAAGCUGGAGGGCAACAAUCUGCUGCAGUUCUUCUGCUGGACUCUUUACCCAGCAUGCCUUUGUGCUGUCUCAUCAUCAUUCUCCCACAAUAUCUGUCCCUUCUCCACAGGCUCGGGGAUACCAGAGCUGAGAACCAUGCUGGCUGGUAUUGAAAUGCCUCAAUAUUUGUCUCUCACUAAUAUGUUUACCAAGUAUCUGGGCCUUAUCUGUACACUGUCAGCAGGCAGCACUGUUUACCUUGGCAAAGUGGGUCCAUUUGUGCAUCUUUCCACCAUGGUUGGAGCCUACCUGAGCAACCUCUGCAAUCUCAUACAAGUCAAUGACAAGGAAAAAGCUGCUGGAGAAAUGCUGGUUGUAGCUGCUGCAGUUGGCGUAGCCAGCUGCUUCGGAGCUCCCAUCACCGGUGUGUUGUUCAGUGUGGAACUGAUGUGUUCUCACUUCGCCGUGAGGCAUUAUUGCCCAUGUUUCUUCUCAGCCGCCUGUGGGGCAUUGACCUUUCGCCUGUUCUCAGUGUGGAGUGGAGAUAGAGAGACUCCUCAGGCAUUGUUCAAAACUAAUUUCCCCAAUGCUUUACCUUUCUACCCGCUGGAGAUUCUGCCGUUCGCUUUCCUGGGGCUGCUGUGUGGAGCUGCGUGCUGCUGCUACCUCUUCUGCCACCGGUGGAUCCUGCGAUUCACCAAAACAAACCCGAUCUUCAUCAAAAUGCUAACGACAGAGAAGGGUCUAUACUCUGGCAUGGUGGCCUUCUUCCUGGCAUGUCUGACAUUCCCUCACUCUGUUGGUCAAUAUAUGGUUUCUCAGUACACCAUGAAGCAGCUCCUGACCUCCUUAUUAGAUAACAGGCAGUGGAGCUCUCAAUCCCACAAUGCCUCUGUUCAACUGGGGAGCGAGCCUUUGUUGGAGUGGAGUUCAUCAGGAAGUCCUUUCUACCUUUCUUUGGUUGUCUUUCUGUUCAUGAAGAUGUGGAUGUUGGUCCUCGCCUGCACUCUGCCUCUGCCAGCUGGAUACGUCAUGCCAGUGUUUAUCUAUGGGGCAGCUUUGGGCCGGUUGCUUGGAGAAGGAGUAGCUGGACUGACUUCUGGCCAGCAGUGGGCUUCUAUAAAUCCUGUAAAUCCUGGGGGCUACGCACUUGCAGGGGCAGCAGCCUUCUGCGGGGCAGUGACACACACCUUGUCCCCAGCUCUAAUGGCGAUAGAGUUAACUGGCCAAUUCAGCCACGCUGUACCCAUCCUCCUCGCCACUCUGCUGGCCAAUGCCGUGUCUCGCUCUGGGGACCGCCAGUCUUUCUAUGACGCAAUCUCCAUCAGCAAGAGGCUCCCACAUCUGCCUUCCCUGAUGAAGGUGUACCCCCGGCUUCCCUCCACUCCGGUCGGACAGGUUUUGGGAGCGUUAUCAGUGCAGCUUAAGAAAGCAGCUGGUCCAGUGGAGAUGCAGCAUGCUGUCAACACCAGCACUGACACACAAAUACCUGUGGUGGACUCACAUGAGUCGCAGAUUAUACUGGGCGUUGUUCUCCGAUCAGAGCUGCUGAUGUUCCUGCGUCACUGUAAGACUGAGACUCUGGAGAAACAUCUGGAUGAGGUCUGCUGCAUUUACCCAACCUCUGUCCUGUUAUCACCUCACAACACCGUUCAGGAGGCCUACAGUUUCCUGAGUCUGAUUGGAGCUCAGACCUUGCUUGUCGCAGACAGGGGAAGACUGGUCGGGGUCAUCACAUGGCCACAGAUGAAGAGAAUAUUGGAAGAUUUGACCAAAGAAAUCUAAGCAGCAACACACAGGAAAUAAGCUCAUCCCUUGACCUUUUUUUUAAGCAAACACGAAUCCAUCUCUGUCUGAUUAGCUGCAACGCAUGCCGGGCUCCGACAAUGAUACCACUUCUUCAUUACCCGAGCUUAACAGUUUUUGCACACGUACAAAACUGUCAUCAGCGUGAGGCUCCUACAUUAACAUUUAUCAGAGC